UCACUCAAGGCCGUGUCUGGGGGAAGUACACCGUGAGGCUGCCGUAGUUGUUGUCAUACAGCAGGUUAGCAGCGGCGCUAAAGAGCGAAGCUAACCGGAGCUAAUGCGCCGCGGAGAGCCCGCACAGCCCCCAGCCGAAUGUCUCACCUCCGUCCCGGACACAGACUCACUCCUCACCGCCAUGAUACCGCUGCUCUGAACACCCUCCGCGGAAAGAAAGACAAACACUCGCCCGCGUUUCUGCCUGUUCGAGCGCUGAAAUAAGGUGUGAAUGACCGACGUGGUGCCCCCCACUGCGCUCAGCGAAAUCAAGCUCCGUCUCCUGUGCCAAGAUGACAUAAACAGCGUUAAAGUGCUGUGUGGAGAUUGGUUCCCCAUUGAGUAUCCCGACUCGUGGUACCAUGACAUCACGUCGAACAAGAAGUUCUUCUCCCUGGCUGCUACCUUCAAAGGUGGCAUCGUGGGGAUGAUCGUGGCUGAAAUAAAGGGCAGAACAAAAGUACACAAAGAGGAUGGGGACAUUCUGGCCUCCAGCUUUCCCGUUGACACUCAGGUUGCCUACAUCUUGAGCUUAGGAGUGGUAAAGGAGUUUCGAAAACAUGGAAUAGGGUCUCUUUUGCUGGACAGUCUAAAGGACCACAUUUCUACCACAGCCCAGGACCACUGCAAGGCCAUCUAUCUCCAUGUUCUCACCACCAAUCUUACCGCCAUUCACUUCUAUGAGAACAGAGACUUUAAGCAGCAUCACUAUUUGCCCUAUUAUUACUCAAUCCGAGGAGUGCUCAAGGAUGGUUUCACAUAUGUCCUUUAUAUCAACGGCGGGCAUCCACCCUGGACGAUCUUUGAUUAUAUUCAUCAUAUAGGGUCCGCCCUAGCCAGCCUAAGCCCAUGCUCCAUUCCACAGAGGAUCUACCGCCAAGCACAGAGUCUUCUGCGAAGCUUCCUGCCUUGGUCAGGCAUCUCGUCCAAGAGCGGCAUCGAGUACAGCAGAACCAUGUGAGAGCUGCCCCGCAGGUGAAGGAGAGCGGUUUUCAGUCUUACCAGCCCCAGCGGUGGUGAUUUUACACGAAAGCUCCUGCAGCUCCUCCAAGCCGUGUAUUAUAUCUGUACAUAAUAUAUACCCUGAUUAAUAUAUGCAUUGUCUUUAGUAGACCACCCUCUUAAUAUGAACCUUCCAGUCCACUUCAUGCCUGUAAUUCCGCUGCUAUGUAGAAGCGUUCUAUGGUUCGCCCAUAUUUUUAAUAUAAAUAGAUUUUUAUGUGUGCCUAUUCUUCAUAAGGGGACUAAGGGGGAGGUAGCCGUACUUCCAGGUGCGUUCCUUUAGCUUGGACUCACUUGAGUGCAUGUGUCCGACAGUGUUUUGUCCAUUUGUCACCACUUCGACACAAAGGCUCCAUUUUUUUUGUUUUAAUUUUUCAUUUAUACAGAGUUUUUAAGUAGUUUUAAGAGGAUAUGUGCAAGCACAGAGAAUGUAGUGGUGUAGAGGGAACGGUGUUCGUAGUGAAGGAAAGUGCCCACCUCGCCGAAAUGGUAGUAUGUCUGCAGUCAGUCAUAUCCACAGAUGCCAUGCAGUGUACUUUGUUUUUAUAUGGAAAAGGAUGAAUGUAAUUGAUAGGCUAGAUGUGGUGUAAUGCAGAAACGUAGGGUGUUGGGUCAGAGAUUUCCCCAGAAAUAAACUUGCUGUAAGAAGAUGCUCCUGCAUUGCAUGUGAGGGAUGAGAGCGCGGUUACUUGGAGAGACCCCUGGUGACGUGUUUGAGAGGACAGGGAUGUGCUGGCUGUGCCUGAGUGGGUUUAAACGUGUCGGGACUUUCAGAGAGAGUUUUUUUUUUUUUAAUAAAAUUGCCCCUCAUUCCCAAAGUCGUGAUCAUGGAAGCCCAAUCCCAGCAGAUAGAAGAGAACAAUGUUUUUAAAAAUGUUUAACCUCCUCUUCUUGGUUUCUGGCAGUCGUAUAUUGAGUGGGCACCUAAUUAUUAAUAUUGUAAUAUUUAUUUAAUAUGUCAAAAUAUCUCAAAUUAUUUCUCUAUAUUCUAAAAUAUCAUAAAAAAAUAUUGGCUUGUGGUCUAGUACUAAUGGCUUAUUGUCACAAUAAAAUAAUUUUUGUUAAAAGAACAAGUUAUUAAAUUUCAAGGAAACAAUUAUUUUAGGAUAAAUCAUUUUUAUGAGAAACUGUUCACUGACAGUAAAUAUCCUUAGAAAUCAAUAUUUUGAGAAACAUGUUUAUGACAUAGUAAGUCAAUAUUUUAAGAAAAUGUCAAUUUGUUUUAAAUUAAUUGUUGAUUAAUUACUUAUUUUCCUGUAAUAUUGAUUUUACCAUGUCAAAAUAUUUAGCGCUCUCAAAAUAUUGGCUUGUGGUCUCGUGGUGAUGGCUUUCGAGAUUUUGAGAUGUCAUCAUAAAAAUGUUGUUAAAAGAAGAAGUUAUUAAAUUCUCAAGAAAUUAAUUCCUUUGGGGUGAAUCAUUUUUAUGAUGUGCUGAGUCGUCGUUUUGUCGUAGUGAAUUUGUUUGACCAAAUUUGAUAUUUUGAAAAAAACCAUUUUACAACAGAAGUCAAAAGUUUGAGAACAAGUCAAUAUUAUUGAGAAAAUAUGAUUAUAUGAAAAUAUGAAAUAGUUUCGACAUAAUGAGUCAAUACGUCGUUAUUUUCAGAUACUAAAUCAAAAAUUUUGACAUACGCAGAAACAGAGAAGUAGGAGAAAAAAAAAAUCAGAGUAUCAUCUAGAUGGUGGGAUGGGCUGCCAUACAGGGACCCUCAGGACGAUGAGUCGUCCCCCCAACCCCACCCCACCCCCCUGCCUACCCACCCCCAGCACAGAGCAGGUCUACUUUGAUAUAUAUGAUAUAUAUUUGAUAUAUAUAUCAGAUAAGCUACCUGAGGAAUGGGUUUAUAACACUUAUUACUUCUAAUGCUUUCUAAUAUGUCUGUUAAAUUAAGGCGUAACCACUGUAUGUACUGUAUAUCACUACUGACGCUCGAUUUCAGAUCUGAAGCCCCCCGUUCUGAAAAGGGAAGAAUGCCACUGACGUUCUGAGCCGAUGGGAAGGCCCCUCUGAACAGCACACAGGCUUUUAAAGAACCACCACCUCAUGUGUUUAGAUGUGCGCUACUCUGUAUAGACACAUGCACUGCAGCUCCUUGAAUGCUUUCAUUUCUUUGUCGUGUUCAGUCGAGUGCAUCCGUCGAUGUUUAUCCCAGGAGUUCUCCCAUUCCUGAGCGAGGCGGCGGCUAAAACAAGCAAUCGGAAAAGAAAGAAUAGAAUGCUGUUUAUCCAUGUGCUUUUCAAUCUUCCGACGAUUGUAGACUCUUCGUCCUGGUUUCUCACACUUGGACUGAACCUGGUCUUGGAUUAAAUUCUAAUUGCAAUGUUAAUGCAUAGUUGCGUUAAGUUCAUCAGGGUGGGACCAGGCCUGCGAAACCGGUCCUGUCUGUUUAGAAAUACAAUCCGAUGAUGACUUGUGCAGUGGCGCCCCCAGCUGGCCUUUGAGAUUGCUUGGAAAAGGGUCAAUUCUGACAAGUUUUCAGUUUCUUUAUCCUGUCCUGCUUUUCAGCCCACACAGAUCUCGGUCGGGUAGAUUUCCCUCACUGUAUUUACAGCAGCACGACUCCGUCCGUUUGUUUACGUCCCUCGCUUCAUCCGUCCAAGCAGCCUCACCCAGAUAUUACUCGUAUUAUUUUGAGAUGACUUCGAGGCGAGAAAGAAAAGAGGAAAUAAAGCUAUCGAAAUUCAGAAAUUCACUCGGAUUAUUAUUUUCCACCCUGCAUGUUUGUCAUUCAGCUUUGAUGAACAUACUGACUUUUACACGCUGAACAGUGAGGUGUUUGGCCACCUGUGGACCUAAAUAUGAGGUGUAUGUUGAUAUUACUACUGAUAUAACAGUUUUAAUGUCUUACGUUUUUAAACGUCUUCAUGGUUUUCUGUAAUAAAUCUGUUUCUAUUUAA